AUGGUUGCAAUCGAAGAUAGAUCAGCGCCAGGCACGCUUCAGCUGAUCGAUACGACGGGAGAACUCCAUGUCAAGCAUUCAGAAGCAGCCCAGGAUAUCGUUCUAAUUCCCGUGCCAUCAGAUGAUCCCGAAGACCCAUUGAACUGGUCAAGGCGACGAAAGCUGCUGCACACAUCAUGUAUGGUUAUAUACACAGUCAUGAUGGUAUUCCCAUCGUCCGCUGUCUACUCGGUCACGACACCGAUCUCAAAGGCGACAGAAUUGAAAGUCAGUGAUUUGGUAUCUGGCACCGGCGCUAUGUUUCUGCUUUACGGCUGGGGGUGUAUUGUGUGGCAAGCUUUGGCACUGCAAUAUGGGAAACGGCCAGCCUACCUCAUUUCCAUGGCAGUUUCUACCGUUCUUAUGGGCGUCACACCUCUUUGCGUCACCAACGGUCCUUAUCUGGCGGUCAAAAUCCUCCAGGGAUUCUUCGGCGCUCCUGUCGAGUCCCUGUGCGAGAUCAGUAUGACCGAUAUCUGGUUUUCUCACGAGCGACCCCUUUUUCUCGCAGUUUACGGCCUAAGUCUCGCCUUCUCCGGCAAAUUCGCCCCCGUGUUCGCGGCGUUCAUCAAUACUGGACAGGGCUGGGAGUGGACGCUGUGGUGGUGUGCGAUCGGCAUGGGUGUGGCAUUUGUGUACUGCUUCUUCCUGAUGGAGGAGACCAACUACGAUCGGAAGCUCCAGAGUCUAGACACCAGCGCAGUAUCAAGCACGGCUGUCAUCGGCGAGGUGGUUGAUUCCACGACCCCUUCAGAGAAAUCCUCGUCAGAAAAGGCCCCCGCGUUCAAGGCCGACCAUGCAGCUGUGGAAGCGGGCCAGGCUGCUUACCCACGGAAGACCUACUGGCAAAAGCUGAGUGUGAUCGACAAGAAGCGCCCGAAUCGCGUUCUGGAAAUCAUGUGGGCCCCAUUCAAGUUCUUCACAUUCCCAGUCAUCACUUGGGCAGGAUUUAUGUACGGGACGAACGCGCUGGUCUGGCCGGGGAUCUUGAACGCCACUGCCAGCCCGACCUACACGAAGGUCUACGGGUUCAACAGUAACGAGGUCGGCUUCGCUUAUUUCGGAGCGGUGGUCGGCAUGGUGCUUGGAUCGUUAUGGGUCACAUUUGCAGGACCCCAGCUCGUCGUGCGCCUCGCCCGCCGCAACAGAGGUGUCGCCGAGCCCGAACACAUCCUCUGGCUCUUCCUCGCUUCGCUCCUCGCGGUACCGUUCGCCAUGCUGCUCUGGGGUCUGGGAGGCGCCGCCGACAUCCACUGGUUCGGCAUGGUCCUCGCCCAGUGUGUUCUCGCCAUCUCCUCGACCUUGUGUCUCUCGACCGCCAUCCAGUAUGCGACCUCCGCCUACCGAGACCUCAGCGGCGAGCAUAUCACUACCAUCGUCCUCAUCCGGAACACGCUGAGUUUCGCGAUCAACUAUGGAAUCACGCCGUGGAUCAACGCGCAGGGGCAGAGGGAUACGUUCAUCACGGUUGCCGUCCUGGCGGGUGUCUGCAACGCUAGCAUGCUCCCUAUGAUCUGGCGGGGGAAGAAGUUGAGGAUGCGAUCUGCAGACACUUACUGGCGAUGGGUCGAGGCCGCGAGGGCGAAGGGCCUAAGCCACUGA